ACCUCCGGCUGCCGGCGACACCGGUCUUUGCAGUCUGGGACCCCGUGCGAUCUUUAGCCCGGUGCACGAUGCCCCCGAAAAAGGGAGGAGAUGGACUUAAACCGCCUCCGAUCAUUGGAAGGUUUGGAACCUCACUGAAAAUUGGUAUUGUUGGAUUGCCAAAUGUUGGGAAGUCUACCUUCUUCAAUGUGUUAACCAAUAGUCAGGCCUCAGCAGAAAACUUCCCUUUCUGCACUAUUGACCCUAACGAGAGCAGAGUGCCUGUGCCAGACGAGAGGUUUGACUUCCUUUGCCAGUGUCACAAGCCAGCAAGCAAGAUUCCUGCUUUCCUUAAUGUAGUGGAUAUUGCUGGCCUUGUGAAAGGAGCUCACAAUGGGCAGGGUUUGGGGAAUGCCUUUUUAUCUCAUAUUAGUGCCUGUGAUGGGAUUUUUCAUCUAACGCGUGCUUUUGAAGAUGAUGAUAUCACACACGUUGAAGGAAGUGUAGAUCCCAUUCGAGAUAUAGAAAUCAUUCAUGAAGAGCUUCAGCUGAAAGAUGAGGAAAUGAUUGGGCCCAUUAUAGAUAAACUAGAGAAGGUGGCCGUGAGAGGCGGUGAUAAGAAACUAAAGCCCGAAUAUGACAUAAUGUGCAAAGUCAAGUCUUGGGUUAUAGAUCAAAAGAAACCUGUUCGCUUCUAUCAUGACUGGAAUGACAAGGAGAUUGAAGUGUUGAAUAAACACUUACUUUUGACUUCCAAACCAAUGGUCUACUUGGUGAACCUUUCAGAAAAAGACUACAUAAGAAAGAAAAACAAGUGGUUGAUAAAAAUUAAAGAGUGGGUGGACAAGUCUGACCCAGGCGCCUUGGUCAUUCCUUUUAGUGGGGCCUUGGAACUCAAGUUGCAAGAAUUGAGUGCUGAGGAGAGACAGAAGUAUCUGGAAGCGAACAUGACACAAAGUGCUCUGCCAAAGAUCAUUAAGGCUGGAUUUGCAGCACUCCAACUAGAAUACUUUUUCACUGCAGGCCCAGAUGAAGUGCGUGCGUGGACCAUCAGGAAAGGAACGAAGGCUCCUCAGGCUGCAGGAAAGAUUCACACCGAUUUUGAAAAGGGAUUCAUUAUGGCAGAAGUAAUGAAGUACGACGACUUUAAAGAUGAGGGCUCUGAGAAUGCAGUCAAGGCUGCUGGAAAAUACAGACAGCAAGGGAGGAAUUAUAUUGUUGAAGAUGGAGAUAUUAUCUUCUUCAAAUUUAAUACACCUCAGCAAUCAAAAAAGAAAUAAAUCUAGUUAUCACCCAGAUCGACAUACAGCUUCUAAAAUGCAUAUAUUGGGUUUGGGGGGAAGGGGUUGUUUUUUAAAUUAAAGUUUCUGAAAUCUAAAGAGACAGUUAGGAGUGGAAAUCUUCUACAAACAAAUUAUUUUUUAUUUGUUUUAAAAUUAUAAGCUACUCUGUACCUUCAAUGAAAUGCAAGUUACUAAGCGUGAACGGCUUUGCUUUUUCACGUGAUUAAGACCCUACUUCAAACUGUAGAAGCUUUUCAAGAGCCAUAUUACUCUCCUGAUACUUCAUUAAUCUCCAUCAUGUAUGCCAAGCCUGACACAUGUGACAGAGAAGACAAUGUGGCUUGCUCCUUUUUGAAUCUAAAGAUAAUGCAUGUUUUACAGUACUCCAGAUGUCUACACUCAAUAAAACAUUUGACAAAACCA